CUGCUGCUGGUCUCAUUGGAUCCAGCUGCAGGAUGGAGGGAACAUCUGUCCACAGGCUGCUGGCUCUGAUCUUUCUGCUGAGCCGCUCAACAAACCAAGUUCAUCUGACUGUGAAUCCCAGCAGAUCUCAGUUCUUUCAAUAUGAAUCAGUGAUUCUGAUCUGUGAGGAUGAAAACAGAUCUGAUGGAUGGACUGUGAGGAGAAACACAACCGGAGAGACCAGGACUGAGUGUGAUAAAGAUGGAUGGUGGAGAAAAGAUGGAUCUGCCUGUAAAACCAGCAGCAUCAGAGAACAUGAUACUGGUGUGUACUGGUGUGAGUCCAGGUCUGGAUCCUCCAGCAGCAGCAGCAGCAGCAUCCAGCUCUCUGUCUCUGGUGGAUCAGUGAUCCUGCAGAGUCCUGUCCUCCCUGUGAUGGAGGGAGAUGACGUCACUCUGAGCUGCAGAGCAAGGAAUCCAACCCACAACCUCCCAGCUGCUUUCUAUAAAGAUGGCUCCUUCAUUGGUGAUGGAACUACUGGCAAUAAAACUCUCAACUCAGUGAAGAAAUCUGAUGAAGGCCUCUAUAAAUGUAACAUCAGAGGUCAUGGAGAGUCUCCAUCCAGCAGGAUCUCUGUCAAAGAAAAACCAACAACCACAGUCACUCCUGAAGCCCCGCCCACUCCUGAAGCCCCGCCCAGUCAUGAAGCCCCGCCCACUUACUCACCUUCCCCUCUCCUCCUCAUCACUCUGCUCUGCCACCUGGUGGUGAUGUUCCUGUUCUUCAUCUGCUCUUUCCUCUUGGGGUUUUCAUUUGGACUCAGAGCAAAAGGAAGUGACGCGUCACCUUGUGUGAAGAUGACUCCGCCCCCCCAGGCUGAGCUGGUACCAGGUGAUGAUGGUGAUGAUGAUGAUGUUGAUCAUGAUGAUGAUGAUGAUGAUGAUGACGUCACCACAGAGCAUCACUUCUGAACCAAACAGUCUCAUCCU